GAGAGGAAUCGACCCAAAACAUCAGAGAUUGUCUUACACAAGCAAAAUGUCUAAAUCGCACUCAGCGCAAAUGCAUGAGGAAAAAAGCAAUUCCGCGACCGUCACCGUCGGCGGCGGCCUUAUGGACUCUGUCACGGCCGCCUAUGUGCAGCGCUACGACCUCGCAUACAGCCUGCACACGAUGGUCAAGAUUCUCCGCGACGUCAACGAAGCCUUCGCACCGAUGACGCCGUCACAGCUCUCCAUCCCUCAGAAGUCGUCCCCGUCACCUCUUGCCUCGCAGGAAGGAGCCGCAAUCAUGACGAGUCCGUUGGGUGCAAAAGAGGACAGCUUUCACGCAGCAGCAGCAAGCUCGACGGCAGGCAUGGUGGACCUGUCUGACAAGGAGAGUCCAGACACGAACCUUCCGCUUCAACUUCUGCUUUCUUUCUUCACGCCACUUUCCACCACGAGCGCAGCGACAAAAGGUAACGGUGUGAAACAGUACUCGACGCCACCGAGCCCGACUCUUUCUUCUUCUCUGGAGGCGGUGAAGGAGGCUGCGGAGAGCGGCGGCGCAAGUCCUUCUGGAUCGCCCACCUCCACUUCACAUGCUGGGCCGUGGCCUGCCGCCGCGGCUUUCACCACAAAAGACGCUGCUCUUAAAGCGGAGGUGUGCCGCUGCUUUGCCCAGCAGUGCGAGCGUCUCCACUCCGGAUUGGGUCUGGUGGACUCCUCCGGUUCGAGUCUCCGCUGGUCAGACCUGUGUCCCGCCUCGGGUGGCCACGAGCGCGUGGGUGUCGCGCUUGUCUUCGAUGUGUUUCGGUGCUGGCGCCAAGUCGUGGUUCCGCUGCUGCGCACAACGGGAGAUUUGGCCAUGUCGAGCGACGCGCCAGCGCAGGACACCCCGGACGUGCUCUUCGAAGCGAUGCUCGCACCAUCAUCGCAACAAUUGCCAGAAAGCGCAGCAGCGGUGUGUUCGUGUUGGUGCUACACACUCCUGCAAGGCUACUGCCAAGACUUUCCUGAAGAGCUGUGGGCAUCCAUCGUGAGCGCUGGACAGUGUGCCGCAGCUGCUCAGCAACGCUUGUGGCGAGGCGCCGCUUGCGUUGACAGCGGUGAGGUGGGGCUACCGUCACUGACGUGUGAGACGCUGCUGUUGCGCAGUUUCAUGGCGCACCUCGCCUGUCCAGCAGUGGAAUCGUUUGAUGCGUCGCCCACUUCUUCUUUGCCAUCCGUAAUGACGACUGCCCACGUGUCGGCUGCAGUCACAGCGGCGAAGCAGCGCAGUCCAGCGUGGGCGUGGGCGGAGGUGGAGGAAAUGCGUGAAGCGCUGUGCCAAGGUGGCACCUCUGCAGAUGACGCCGCCCUGUCAGCGUUGCUCUGCGCAGAUGGGUACUGGGCGGCUUUUCUUCUGCCUUACAUAGCCAUGUAUGCGCAGUACUGCCUGUAG